GGGGGAAUGCCACGCGUUGCACCUACUAGUGUACUGACGAAGCCGACAAUCUUACGACGAUGAUGAUUAAAAGCGAAUAGCGAUCUGUUUUACCGUCGGAAAACAAAUGGAGCGAAAUGUUUACGGUUUACGACCGGAAGUGAUGUCGACCGUGUUCCUACCGCCUCUUGGUACCGCCUGCUUGACACCAGACACAGCAAAUUCUUGUGACAUGAGUGUCAUCGACGCCCUGCCCCCGCCGAAGCCCUUCCCGUCGUGCUCCGCAGUUCGUCUCGGUGAGUCGAAGUGCGAGCGUCUCUACGUGCUGUGUACCGUGCUCGUGCUCAUCGAGAGCUGAGUGUGUGGACCGUGUGCGAGUGAUUUUAGUGCGAUCUUUUCACCAUGGGGCGGAAGCCGAACGUUCGCCCGAAGAGCAGAGUGGCCGCGGUGCGGAGGGCGAGGUAAGCAUCGCCGCUUCGGCGCGCAGUGUUCUCAAAGUGUACAAGUUUUGUUUGAUUACACACGGCUCUCCCAAGGGAACGUCGACAUGGGCACCGCCAGCAGCCCGAGCCGCCCGCCGUCGAGCCGCCCCGGGCGGAGCCAGCGUCCCCGCCGCCGCCCGCCCCCGAGCCCGGCGAAAUCGAGGCCCGCACUGUUCCAACAGCGCACCGCCCGCCGUCGCCGACCCCGACGGCUCCUGGCACCUCCCGGUGCCACUAUGACGCGGAGGAAGGUGCGGGUGCCGCUCCUCGCGCUCUCCCCACCUCCACCCCGAGGGCCCCGCGUGCUCCAGGUGCGGUGUACGAGUUCGACGGGGAGCCUUCACCCAUCCAGCCGCGUCGACCCCCGGGACCCCAAAGGCCGAAUAAGGACGCGCCCGCCCCCGCCGAGCUGUCUGGCCGCAGAAUUGUCAAGAUACGCGACUUUAUGCGUCAAAUCCAGUCUGACCGGCACCCAGGUGGAUUUGGAUGUUCAAUCAUGGACAGUUCUUUUGUGAAAGAGCUUCGACGGGGCCUCAGGUCAACAUUGGUGUACAAGUGUCGUAUGUGCAACAAGGAGACGACCUUGGACACGGACCAUUCGGACGACAAGAGCCUCAGCAUCAACACCGCUGUGGUGGCUGGGGCUGUCAACGGUGGAGGUGGCUUUGCUAACUUAGACGAGAUAGCGGCGGCCAUAGACAUGCCGUGCAUGUCCGCCCCUACGUACAUUCUGCAUGAACGCAAAUUUGGGCGCAAGGUGCAGGAGGCCUUGCUGAAGAAAAUGCAAGAAGCAGGCGAGGAAGAGCGUCGUCUGGCCAUAGAGGCGGGGGAUGUGUGCGAGGACGGCACACCCUGGAUCCGGGUAGUCGCGGACGGCAUGUGGUGUAAGCGCUGUUACAAGAACAAGUAUGAUGCUCUUUCUGGAUGUGCGAGUAUUGUGGGCUACAGGACUGGAAAGGUCCUUUUCUAUGCGGUCAGGAACAAGUUCUGCCAGAUUUGUACACUUGCUCGUAAGAGGCGCCGGACACCAAAGCGGCACCAAUGCUUCAAAGACUUUGAAGGCGCCAGCACAAAAAUGGAGACAGAAAUAAUUCUGGAGGGGUUCCAGGCUAGUGAAAAAAUGCAUAAAGUCCGAUAUCUUGACCAACUUGCCCCAAGUUCUUUCCCAGCCAUGCCUCCACACCAUAUUCCUGUUUGUGAGACUUCUAUAAGUCAAUUUGAAAGUGGUUCUAAUAUAGUUCCAGACAAGAUCAAGGGCACUUUAUCAAUACCAUACCAUUAUUUAAGCAUUUUUAGGAAUUAA